AACCCAAGUAGUGAUGCUAUCCUGGGUCAUUCCACGUAACUCUCUAAGGAGAAAGAACUAUAGCUGCUCGUCUGAACAUGACUAAGAUUUCCACCGCUCUGUUGCUUCUUUUCAGUGCCCUUUUACACGUUCAAGGGGAAUGGAGGAAGAUCAACUAUGCGCCCGUGUGUUUUGAGGGACGCGGUAACCGCCCGGGUCACCUGAUGUACGCCGGUGGAACGGGGCACCUUGUGGGUGCCAUGAAGCUCGAGUGGCGGAGUGGCGUGAUGCGAUGUGUGUCUGACGUCGCGCACAACAGCAAGUGGGGGUGCUACCAACACAACUCUUUCAAGAGCUACCCUUUUAAUGUGAUCGUGACUGAUAGCAGCGACGAAAUCAUCUACCCAUCUCCUGAAUACAUCAAACACUGGUCUGGCCUGUGGUAUUAUCUGCCUAGCCAGGACGAAAAGGAGUCCGACGCUCUGGUCUUCAGUGACUUUGAGUCGCCGUUCUAUUUGAGACCGGUGAUGGAGUUGAAGCUGUGGUACGGAGAGGACCUGAAGGACUGGUCCGAGACAGACAAUCAGGGCCGAGUCUGCGUUGAUGUCUUCAUCUGGCCAGUGGUUGAACCCUCCAUGGGAGAAAAUUCGUCUUCGAUCUCGCCCGCUAGUGGUGCCGAGAAAGCUAGAGCAAUUGGUAUUCUUACGGAUCUGAAAACCUCAUUGGAAGAAGUGAUAAAUAAAAAGUGGUGAUCAUAGAGAGGGGAAAGAAAUUGUUAUAAUGUUGCUGAAAUAUCCUGAUUAAAGUAGUUGAAAGACCUCC